AUGGCAUUGCAGAGUAGCAUCUCCAUUGCUGCUGCACCAGAAGUUGAUGGGAAAUUUGAUGAUGAUGGUCGCGUGAAACGGACAGGAACAUGGAUAACUGCUACAUCACACAUAGUGACGGCUGUGAUUGGCUCUGGUGUGCUUUCAUUGGCAUGGGCCAUGGCUCAGUUGGGAUGGGUUGCAGGGACUAUCAGCCUAGUAACUUUCUCCCUCAUCACACUCUUUACCUCUUUUCUGCUCACUGAUUGCUACAGGUACCCUAAUCCUGUGACUGGAAUGCGAAACUGCACAUACAUGGAGAUGGUGAAAAAUAUACUAGGUGGAGUUCAGUACAGGUUUUGUGGACUUGCUCAGUAUGGAAAUCUCAUAGGAAUAAGCAUUGGAUACACUGUCACUGGAUCCAUUAGCAUGGUGGCCGUCAAAAAAUCCAAUUGCUUUCAUAAGUAUGGUCAUAAAGCAGAUUGUGUCACACAAAAUUACCCAUUUAUGGUCAUAUUUGGGAUCAUAGAGAUUUUAUUAAGCCAAAUCCCAGACUUUCAUGAACUUUCAUGGCUCUCCAUUCUAGCUGCCAUUAUGUCCUUUGGUUACGCUUCCAUAGGCGUUGCUCUCUCCAUAGCCAAAAUAGCAGAAGGAGGAAUCCAUGACAAGACAACCCUUACGGGGACCAUCAUUGGAGUGGAUGUGACAGGCACUCAGAAGCUUUGGAAUACCUUCCAAGCAGUUGGAAACAUAGCUUUUGCAUAUGCCUUCAGUGUAGUCUUUGUUGAGAUACAGGACACAUUAAAAUCAAGCCCACCAGAAAAUAAAGCCAUGAAGAAAGCAAACAUCGCUGGAGUUACAACCACCUCAAUGUUUUAUAUGCUAAGUGGCUUCUUAGGAUAUGCAGCAUUUGGGAACAAAGCACCAGGAAACUUCUUAACAGGGUUUGGUUUCUACGAACCAUAUUGGCUCAUUGACAUUGCUAAUGUUUUCAUCGUUGUUCAUCUGGUCGGAGCCUACCAGGUGUUUGUUCAACCCGUUUUUGUGCUAGUGGAGAAUUGGGGUAGGGCGCGUUGGCCACAUAGCAACUUCAUAGCAAAAGAAUACUAUGUGAACCUUCCAUUGGUUGGCACAUUCAGAAUGAACAUGUUCAGGUUGGUAUGGAGGACAGCGUUUGUGACAUUCUCCACAGUGAUGGCUAUAUUACUACCCUUCUUCAACAGCAUUGUUGGUUUAAUUGGAGCUUUUUCAUUCUGGCCCUUGACUGUGUACUUUCCAGUAGAGAUGUACAUGAAACAGGCUAAAGUACCCAGGUUUUCUCUGGUGUGGUUUGCAUUGAAGCUGCUUAGUGGGUUUUGCUUGAUUGUGACUCUUGUUGCUAUCGCUGGAUCUGUAGAGGGAAUCAUCACUGACCUUAAGACCUAUAAGCCCUUCUAG